AGUUUUACGAUGGUCUCGACAAACUCGCGCUCAACUGCUGCUGCACUGCUCGAUUCAACAUCAUGAUAACAAAAACUCCAGCUGCGACAGAAAUGACACCAAGUUAGUGAAAUCGAUUAAUGAUUGACCGAUAAGGUCAUGUCGCAAGACUACGAGGAUAAGAUGCAGCAGGUGAAUGAUCGUCUCCUCGCUUCCUGCGAUGCCGCCCUGGCCCGUGGUCUUUCGCCGAAAAGAAUACAACGUACCCUUCACCAAGUUGCCGCCGAGGGGAUUUCCUCCCCCACGACACCACCACCUUCGAGAAGUAGAGUCAUCUUGUACACUAUUUCAAUCCUCAUCGUCGCCCCCGUCGUUGCUUCUCUAGUGGUGGACAUUUUACUAAAUUGUAGUAAAAUCCUGUCAUCCUUCCAUUCUCGGAGAUGCCUUUUACCUUCACACCCACUCCUCAUGGAGAUGGUUAGACCCGUCGCACCGUGCAACUUUUGCGCUAAUCAAGAACUGGUCGAACUAUCGGAACCUCCGAAUGCAUCGUGGUUUGGUGAAUUGGCGUACCGUGGAUUGCCAAUUAUUCUUCGUAAUUACUCUGUGAUGACUAAGACAACUAGUUUAGAUCUCGCUACACUAACUGGUAUCUUGAAAGAGGAGACCAAAUUUUGGGAGGAAGAUAACCAGGAAGAAGAUGAGUGUCAGUUUCUUCCGUUUCGUUCGCCAUUUACCUCGCUUCGUCAUGCGCUGGACGUCAUACCAGACAUGACGGGGUGGGGAGAGCCGUGGUAUAUUGGGUGGAGCAAUUGUCAUCCAGGUGUGGCAGCAAAGUUACGUUCGCUUAUCCCCAGACCUGCAUUCCUACCCGAAAAGUCUGAAAGUUCUGCCAUUGAUUGGAUCUUCAUCGGCUCACCUGGAUUGGGGGCUGCGAUGCAUAUCGAUUAUGUUCGACGGCCCUCGUGGCAACUGCAAUUAUCUGGAGUAAAGACGUGGGAGUUACGUCCCCCUCCAGAAUGCGAGACCGAAUGUCCCCCUUCCAUUACGUUUACAAUUUAUCCAGGAGAUCUCUUAUUUCUCGAAACUAAUACCUGGUAUCAUCAAACCUUCGUCGAGGGGAAGGAUCUCUCAAUCAGUAUUGGAUCAGAGUACGACUGAAAUGACACUAAAAUUUGUAGUCUACAAAUAAAUUUAUUUAGUGACAUAUUCUAAAGUCUGGAAUACUGCAUUUGCAUUUUGCAUGUCAUUUACCAUAUUUAUUUAUUAAUCCUUUUUAGGAAAAUUGUGAAAAUACAAUCAAUGCAAAAUAAACUGGUUCAAUUAUUCUUA